AUGACCAACAUUAGACAGAGUCGACGACAACAACAUCUUACGCCAGAACAACGCGAGAGAGAUGACAUCCAUCAACGGGGUUUUAGACGUCGUAACCAGGAUCGCGCAGACACUGAGGGAGACAUGUCGGACGAUCUGGAGGCGGAACAUCGCACUAAUCAAGCAAUACUUCAGCGGACCCUAACAGUUGACGUGGAUUUCACAGACAGUGACCAACGUAACCCUGAACCAUUAAGAGUCGCACGUUGGACAUCGCAUACGGCACACCAACGGGCGAAAUCACCGUCACCUGACAAUCUACAGUUCUGCAUCCGAGGGGCAGACCAGACUCGGCACGGAGUAGGGUAUACGUCAUCGGAUCAGGAGGAAGAUGGCACGUGGCAGGAACCUUUAUCGUUCCAGAGUUUUGCACAAGCACAACAACGAGCUACACAGAACCCGCACGGUAGGGAAGCGCUCGAAAUCCGCCGAGAUAAUCUGGAGACAUCCCUCCAAGCGCAACGUCAGGGACAACAGUUCGUUCGGGAAACUAUGGACGAUAGUCUGACGACACGUCGAAUGCUCGAACGUACCCCAUCAAGUCAAGUAACGUCAGCAGACAAGCGCCGUCGUUUAGCUCAACAAAUCACACCUCCGACCCCGGACAGUAUAGCGGCUGACCGCCAGGCCUUGCAUGCCAGGAUGCUCAAGCUGUCAGAAGAGCUAUGUAGUGCAGUAGAGAAGAAUGUUUUACCACGAGCGGAGGCUCUACGGGGUGUACUUGAGACUUUGAGAGCAACACACAACUCGAGACCAGCGAACAAGCCUCAGUAA